AUGUGUCAACCCGGACGAGUAUAUCGACUUGUCACCGGAGUUCUGGAACAGUACGAUCGCGAUGAGGAGCGUGGAGUCGACCGGUACUACUGCUGCUCUACCCGGCUGGUCUUGGAGGUCGACCAUGAGAUGAUGAACACGAGAUUCGCCCAGUGGGGUGGAUCCGACUCUUCGCAGGGCUAA